UCUACCCUCCUGCUCUUAGCCGUCAUUGUUACCGGCCACCUUUUUUUUUUCAUUCUUCCGCUCCCCUCCUCCCUAACCACCGCCCUCAAUGGCCGAACAACCCAAGUUUCACCCGGCUUUAGCAAUCAACAACGUGAAAUCUCUCAUUCCAGUCACGUUAGACAAUGAUUCAAGCCUAUACAUUUCUUGGGCAGCCCUAUUCAAAGUUCAAGCCCGUGUCCAUAACGUGCUUGAUCACAUCGUUCCUCCUACCGAUGAGAAGGCUAAGAAGGCGGCAGAUGAUGCUAAAGAAGCCGAUCCCGAUCUUUGGCAUCGUCUUGAUGCGGCCGUGUUACAAUGGAUGUAUGCCACUGUAUCACAAGAUAUUCUCAAUUCCAUUCUUGUGAUAGAUGACUCGGCCGAGAAGUGUUGGAAAAGAAUUGCUGCUAUUUUCCAAGACAACAAACACUCAAGGGCUGUCCACCUCGAGAACCAAUUCACGAACACGAAUUUGGAGGAUUUUCCUACCACCAAAGCCUAUUGCAACCGUCUCAAACUUCUAGCCGAUCAAUUGGCGAAUGUUGAUGCUCCGGUCUCGAAUACUCGUUUGGUUCUGAAGAUGAUUUCUGGACUAACCGAUUCUUAUGCAGGAUUUGUAACAUACAUUCAACAACAUGAUCCCUUGCCACCAUUUGAAACCGCCAAGUCGAGAUUGGAACUAGAAGAAUCAACAAUCCUUCAACGGGCUGCUCGUGAAUCUGGCUCAUCUUCAUCUCCUGCUGCCCUUGUUGCAAACUCCCACAAUCCUGAUGAUGAUAUGAAUACCCAAUAUUCUUCCCCAGGUAAUCAAAAUCAUCACAAUCGGAAUAAUAAUAAUAAUUAUUAUCGUGGGAACAAGGGCAAGAAAAACCAUAAAAAUUCUGGCGGUGGCCGGAACUCAGGCAAGGGC